GCAAGUGAGACUGCUUCAAAUAAAACAACUCCAAGCUUCCAAGAAACAGUUAAGAGAAGGCAGAGACGAGCAGAAACACCUCUUCACUGACACUCACACCGUUGCCAUGGACCUUCCUAAGCAGUGGGAGAACACAGAGACUAGCUGGCACAAGGAAAAGAUGGAAUUACUGGACCAGUUUGACACUGAAAGAAAGGAAUGGGAAAGUCAAUGGAAGAUCAUGCAGAAGAAGAUAGAAGAGCUUUGCCAAGAAGUAAAGCUUCGGAGGAAAAUCAAUAUGAAUGAACGUGCUAAGACCAUUGAUCUUGAUUGUGAGAAGGUCCUUCAAGACAAAAUGGUAGACUCUUCUCCAGAUUACCCCAUUUCAGGACAAUGUGAAUUUAUAGGGAUGAAUCACAAACUUGGUCUCGAAAAAGAAAAUGAAACAGAACAGAGGUUACUCACUGGAGGAGAUCAAAUGUGUAAGGAACAAAAAGCAAGACAAGUAUCAAAAGUAGGGUUUAUGGAUCCUUUGGCUGCAGACAACCAAAAGGAAUGUGAAGCCUGGCCUGACCUGAGGACCUCUGAGAAAGAAAGCAAGAGCUGUUCUGGUGCACUCAAUACAGCUCUUGAAGAACUUGCCAAAGUUAGUGAAGAAUUAUGCAGCUUUCAAGAGGAAAUUCAAAAGCGGUCGACCCACAAAAGGAUGAUGUCUGACUCUUCUCUCCGAGACAUGCCAAAUGUAAUAAGUAUGCCUCACGGGAACCACAUGAUCAACAAUGACCAGUGCGUUCUUCCAGUUGAUUUAGAAAAAGAAAAACAGGAAAAUAGAAAGAAUCUGAACUAUGAGGAUGUACUCCAAAGCAAUUCUGUGAAAAAACAUGGAAUUGACACAGUUGAUUUGCAAAGAAAUGAAAUUCCACCAGUUCCGCCUCCAAGAAGCACAUCUCGAAAUCUACCAAGCUCAUAUUCUGAAGGUAUAGCAGCCUAUGAAGGGUUGAAGGAAAGUUUAGACAGCAGUUGGGUGGCUCAAGAGAGUCAAAGUGAAAAGAACUGCAAUCCUCAUUUCCUUUUGAGGCAGCAUGAGAUGCCUAUGUUGUGUCCAAAGGAAGGGAAGACUUUGAAAGAUGGUGUCAUAUUUUCUUCUUUUGCACCAGAAGUCAAAAUAGAUAACAAGCCUCCAUACAGUGAAGAUACUGGUCUUAGCAUGUGGUCAUGCGGCAUUGGGACAAGUGCAAAAAAUAGUCCUUCCACAUUGUGGUUUCAGAAAAUCUGCUCUACCCCCAGUAAGGCAAAAUAUGAAAAGGUGAUCCCAAAUCAUCCUGCCAAAUCUCAUCCUAGUCUUCAUGUCAGCCAUGACUUUAGCUCCUCAGUGGUGCAGAGCAGUGGCCAACUUACAAAUUUCAGUUGCAGCUUUGAAACGACCACAAGGAAUGAAAAGCUAGCAGCAAAGACUGAUGAAUUUAACAGAACUGUAUUUAGAACAGAUAGAAAUUGUCAUGCAAUACAGCAAAAUCAAAGCCACUCAAAAUCAUCUGAAGAUCCUAAGCCCUGUGAUACCUUAAUUACUCAUGCAGGUAACAUAUCAGAAAAUGACAAUGUGUCUGGUAUUCUGAAAACCAGUGUCCACGUGCCUACGCCCACCGAAAAUGUGCCUGAUAAUCCUACCAAAAUAUUCUCAACAGGCCAAGUAAGACAAAUGCAGGAACACCUAAGUCCUAGCAGUUAUCGGAAUAUGCUCCACGAACAUGACUGGAGACCAAGUAAUUUGUCUGGCCGUCCAAGGUCAGCUGAUCCUAAGUCAAAUUAUGGUGUUGUGGAAAAGCUGUUGAAAACCUAUGAGACAUCAGCAGGGUCUGCCUUGCAGAAUUCUAAGUGCUUCCAAGAUAAUUGGACUAAAUCUAACUCUAAUGUCAAUGUUGGGACCACAUUAAGUCAGCACUUAGAAAUGCUCCAAAUGGAACAAGAACUUCAGCGAAAGACAGCUAUGUGUGGGGCUCAGCAAGUGAAGAAAGGAAUAGAUGGGAAAAAGAUAACAGAGGAACCCACGGCAGUGAGAUGUUCAUAUGGAAAAGGGUUUUCCAGACCUGCUAGACCAGCAAAUCGCCGUCUCCCAUCCAGAUGGGCAUCCAGAUCUCCAUCUGCACCCUCAGCUUUUCAGAGAACUGCCUACAACUAUACCAUUUCUCUGCGAUCUGAAGCAUCAGUGGUCUAAGUCCAGCCUGGAUUGCUAGAUUACAAAAGCUCUAGUCAAGCCAAUUGCCAAACAGAGCAUCUGAGUGUUUACAGCCAGUCCUGUUCUCUUCUGUAUCUUUCAAGAUCACUAGGACAUGCAGUUUAAAUCUUAAAUUUCCAUCAGUCUUCAGUGUUUUUAAUCUUUGGAAUAAUUAUCUUCCUGUAUUUUGAUUUCUUAGAAUUUUUUUAAUGCCAUCCUCAUUAAUUUUCAAAUAUGAUUUCAGUUGAAACAAUGUACAGUAUUGUAUAUUCAAACUUUCUUGCAAGUGACAGAAAGCAAGUGGUUAUGUGCAUGGCCAUGUGUUUGUAGAUGCAUGUGUUGAAAUAGGAAGUAUCUUAGUAUGUACUUAGAUGAGAAGAACUUACGUGCUAGUGUUGACUUUGAAAUUAUAACAUGUAUACCUAUAUACUCUUUGUGUUUAUUUUACAUUUUUAAAAAUAUACAGUACCAUUUAUAUUUGUAUGCCUCAGGUAUUCCACUUAAGGCAUUUGAGGUACAUAUAUUAACUAACCAUUUUCUCAGCCCCAUCUACAUUGAAAAAUAAGAGUUAUACACAUAUCUAACAUUGGCAGACUUUUAAAUAUGACUCAGAAAUACUUUCUUAAUCCAUAUAAGGAUAAACUAAUACUAUUGAUCUCCUUUGCUUUUGCUUUUAAAGAAAAAUGUCACAGUUUUAACAGAUCAGCCUUCUAAAGGAAGCAUAAAAUGUUCACAAACAUUUUUAUAUAUCAUUUGGUAGUAUAUUGUGACUUUAUACUUGAUCCUCAGAACGAGUAUCAUGAGACCACUUUAUAAAUG